AUGGGGCGGGGUGGGCGGGGGUGGGCGGUCAUGAGUUGUGAUAUUUCAAUCAAGCUCCUAAAAUCGGCGAAUACUCGCCAGAUCGAAUUGUUUGAGGAUACCAAAUGGACUGAAGAUGACCAUGAACUUUCUGAGGGUCGAGUUACUCCUUCUUGCAGCAUUUCUCAAAUUCCAAAAGGUUUGUUUUCAGGAUUUUGGCCAAGGUGGACAGUUUUGGCUCGAAAUAUAACGAAAAAGCAUGUGCCCAGAAAAUUUUUCUACAAAGCUUCACUGGUUACAACUUCACCUUUACAACAGAUCAAAAUUUCGUCCCUGAUUUGCUGCAGAGGUCAACGUGGUAUGUGCACACGCAUUCAAGUUGACCAAUUCACUCAACUCCCUCUUGAAGACCCUCAGAAAGGACAACUGAUUUACAGUGGACCCCUUACCAGGACAAUACGAGCAGUGAAAAUCCUUUCGCUCAGCACUAGUACACUUGGCCUAUGUAUGCAGCCAGUUAUUCUGAUGCGGUCAGCUGAAGCAUCUUUAUUUCUCAAAAUUGCUUUCAGCUCUUUUUUCUCCUUCUUUAUUUUUAUCACUCCUUUGUUAAUACACAUGAUUAGCAAAAAAUAUGUUACUGGAGCCUACUUUGAACCGAAUAGCAAGACUUUCACAGCUUCUAAAUAUUCAUUCUUCUGUCGAUCACUCGAAAUGAAGUUCACAGCUGAAGAUGUGAAGGUGCCUGAUGUUGCAGGUCCAUUUACUAGUCUCAUAGUCAAGGAUACUGCCUUGUUUAUGGACCCCAAAUUUUUUCUAGACAAAAAUGCAUAUAUUCAUCUCAUGGGAUUUGAUAAACCCUUGGACUGGGAACUCCCAAGACCAAAUGACAAGGAAUCAAGUAAAAAAUAA